GCGUCACCCAGCCAAUUCCUCUUCGUCACGACUCGUCUCUCUCCCACCACGUCGAUCCUACGUGCUCAAACUACAACAUCCUUGUCGCCUAGUUCAUCGAUUAGCGUCAGGAUGGCCGGUGGACAACCUUCCUCAUCUCACCAUGGCGAGCGCCACCAUCGAAGUGAUCGCGAGCGCUCCCAUCACCACAACAGGACUAUCUCCUCAACAACUCUUCUAUUAGUUCUCUCUCUCGUCCUCGCUGUCUUGGCCGUUAUGUUAUCUCUUCCCUCAAACAACUCCACCUCUAACUCCGAGGCAUCAUCAUCUGGUGUUUUGGGCUAUCUUACCCCCAAACGAACCCAAGCCCUCAUUGCUCGGGAAAGCGCAGUGGCUGUCCGCGAGGCUGAAGUUGCUCGCCGUGAAGCCGAACUUUUGGCAGGCGCUCCUGGCGGUGUCGUUCCCUCGUCCACACCCAUUCUUUGUCCGCCUUGUGCAGUAACGACGACCGUUGAAACAAUUACCGGUCCAAUUCAAACCAUCAUCAAAGAAAUUGUAAAGGAAGAUUCCCUCGCGCCGCCCGGCUGGACCGGUCCCCGUGCUGAGGAGAUCCUCGAGCGCGAGCUUAAGAUUGUUGAACGCGAAAGGGAUAUCAGCAAGCGUGAAGAAAAUGUAAAUCGCAGAGAGCAUGAUGCCUCCAGACGCGAGUCGUGGAUCAUGGAACAAUUGAUUGCUCUUGGAAAUGACAGCCCUCAGACGGUUGAAGAAGAGUAUGUUUACGAACCAGCAGGAACAAAGCGAAAAUCCAAGUAUAAAGAACUUCCGCCUAUUGUCGUUUCCGAGUACGAUACCAAAACUGUGAUUCAAACUCAAACUGUCACCCUUGUACCGCCUGCGAACACGCGCCUUGCCGCAUUCCCGACCCCGGAAGCUGCUAGCUCAUCUUCUACCCCUGCGAGUCCUCGCACAACUGCCGUCGAGAUUUAUACCGAGGAGGAGGAUGGCCGUAAACCCAAGACUGUUGUCCGCGGGCCCCGGCGUCCUCCCACACGGUGGUUUGGUGGCUGGUAAACUGAUCUAUCGUUGGUGUUUGUAAAAACAAUUUUUCUUGCCCUUCUCUUUCUACUCGUACUUACCACUUUCAUCUUUAUCUUUCUAUUUACGUUACCUUGAUGACACUGACUGCUGGAAGGAUAUACUUGCUCCGGAAUGACUUUUGACGAAUUCGAUGCCAGUGUAUACUUGAGAAUAUAUAUCUUGAUCGUGUUUUUUUUUGUGC